AUGCCAGGGCCAAGACCUCGGAAGGGCCCUCAGGCCAGUGACCAGGGUGUGGCAGCUGCCAAGCAGCUUGGGCUGUUUAUGGAGUUCAGCCCUGAGGACAUGCUGCUGGGGAUGGAGGAGACUGAAGAUGAUGGGGACCUGGAGGCUGAGCUGCUGGCCCUCACUGGGGAAGCAGGGACCACAGGCAAGAAGCCAGCACCCAAGGGGCAGGCCCCCCUGCCUAUGGCCCACAUCGAGAAGUUGGCGGCAGACUGCCUGCGGGAUGUGGAGGAGGAGGAGGAGGAAGGGCUGGAGGACGAUGCAGACUUGCUGAAUGAGCUGCAGGAGGUCCUGGGUGCAGAUGAGGAGGCUGGGCCCUUGGAUGGCGAUGAGACAGCCAGCCCAGGUGGCUCUGAGAAGGAACAGGAGAACAUCGAACCUCCAGUACAGACAGCUCUCCUAACAGCUUCAGUCCCAGUGGCUCAGGCUGGAGGGCCUCAGGGGCUGCAGGCUCUGCUGGAGGAUCGGAUCCACAACUACCGGGAGGCGGUGGCCAGUGCCAAGGAGACAGGUGAAGCAGCCAAAGCCAGGCGCUGUGAGCGCGGCCUCAAGACUCUGGAGUCCCAGCUGGCUGCUGUGAGGAAAGGCAGGAAGAUCAGUGAGGAUGAGAUCCCACCUCCAGUGGCCUUGGGCAAGAGGCCCCUGGCCCCUCAGGAAACAACCAACAGGAGCCCUGAAGCAGAACCCACAGCUCCCCCCUCCAUGGAGCCAGACAACCCCUCCCAGCCUGAGACAAGCCUCUUGGGUAGUCCUAGUAUUUCUGGCCCCCCUGAUUCAGACCCAGACCCACGGGCCUUGCUGUUGGCCCGACAGAGAGAGUACAAAGUGGCUGCCCUGAACGCCAAGCGGGCUGCAGACCUAGAUCGUGCCCGAGAGCUCAUGAGGAUUGGGAAGAGAUUUGGGGCCGUCCUGGAGGCCCUGGAGAAGGGGCAGCCUGUGGACUUGAGUGCCAUGCCCCCAGCACCUGAGGACCUGAAGCCCCUCCCACAGGCUUCCAAGGCCUCCACAGCACCCCCAGAGGUACACCCAGCAGUAGAGCGAGUGCGGCCAGUGAUGGCCCCUGACAUCCCGGCCACCCCAGUGGCCCCUACUGAGCCACAGACAGUGCUAGACGCCCUGCAGCAGAGGCUGAACAAGUACCGUGAGGCAUGCACCCAGGCUCGGAGCAGUGGGGAUGAGCGCAAGGCCCGGAUGCACGAGCGUAUUGCCAAGCAAUAUCAAGAUGCCAUUCGAGCCCAUCGAGCAGGACGGAAAGUUGACUUUGCUGAGCUGCCUGUUCCUCCAGGAUUCCCCCCUGUACCUGGCUGGGAGCCCACUGUGGGUACCGAGGAGGAUGUGGUGGCAGCUACUUUAGCAGCUGCCCAGAAACUGGCCUCCUCAGAGGAUACAGCCCCCGCAGAGGAAGACGAGGACGAGGACAAGCCUCCUGGGCACCUGCAGGAUGAGCCCCCAGCCCAGGCCCCAGUGGCCAAGAAGCCAGCACAGCCUCUGGUCCCUUCAUCCCGGCCCCUGCCUGAGCCCAAAGCCUCGAGUUCUAAGGAGUCACUGAGUCCAGCUGUGCGAGAGCAGGUGGCCCUGCUGCAGGCACGGAAACUGCAGUACCAGCGGGCAGCCCUGCAGGCCAAGCGUGGCCAGGACCUGGAGCAGGCCAAAGCCCAUCUGCGGGUGGCCAAAUCCCUUGAGGCUCAGAUCAUCCAGGUGCGGGCUGGCCGACCUGUGGACCUCUCCAAGGUGCCUUCACCCUUAACGGACGAGGAGGGCGAUUUCAUCCUGAUCCACCAUGAGGACCUGCGACUCUCUCAGAAGGCUGAGGAGGUGUAUGCCCAGCUACAAAAAAUGCUUCUGGAGCAACAUGAGAAGUGUGUGCUGUUCUCCAAGCAGUUUAUGCACCAUGGCAAUGUGGCCGAGACUACCCGGUUUGAGAAUCUUGCUCAAGACCGCAAGAAGCAGCUUGAGAUCCUGCAGCUGGCCCAGGCCCAGGGCCUUGACCCUCCCAGCCACCACUUUGAGCUGAAGACAUUCCAAACUGUGAGGAUCUUCGCAGAACUGAACAGCACAGAAAUGCAUCUGAUUGUUGUCCGGGGAAUGAACCUCCCAGCCCCUCCAGGGGUGACCCCUGAUGACUUGGAUGCUUUUGUGCGGUUUGAGUUCCACUAUCCUAAUUCGGACCAGGCUCAAAAAAACAAAACAGCUGUGGUGAAAAACACAAACUCUCCAGAAUUUGAUCAGCUCUUCAAACUAAACAUCAACCGAAACCACCGGGGCUUCAGGAGGGUGAUUCAAAGCAAAGGAAUCAAGUUUGAAAUCUUCCACAAAGGAUCCUUCUUCAGAAGUGACAAGCUGGUCGGCACAGCCCACCUGAAACUGGAGCGUCUGGAGAAUGAGUGUGAGAUCAGAGAGAUUGUGGAGGUCCUGGACGGAAGGAAGCCCACUGGGGGCAAGCUGGAGGUGAAGGUGAGGCUGCGGGAGCCUCUGAGUGGCCAGGACGUGCAGAUGGUCACCGAGAACUGGCUGGUCCUGGAGCCCAGGGGCCUGUGA